GGUAGGAUCAGGGCCAGGCUGCACCUAGGCAGCAGGAGGCGAUCCUACUGCAUUUCGAACAGGGGUAGAUGCGCUCUAUUGCGUGGAUUUCGUUUCUCCGGAACGUGUUUGUGCGUGCCUGCGCACGCUCGCCCCCAAAACUCGCGCAGACUUAACCAAGGAAGGCAUUACUCGGUAGCGGUGUCGAGAUGCUUCGUUUCGUUCGCAAAAUUACAGUGUCGUCGAGCUCCUGCUGGGACUUCUGGCGCAUUGCAAACACAAACAAUCCUGGCUCCUUUCAGUCCCCAUUUUGAGAUCCCUGGCUGCGUGAUUUAAACACUUCAGGUUGAAUUAACGCAGGCUUGAGUUAAACAUGUUCAGGGGUUACGAUUCACAUGCAAUCGUUGUCCCUUGUUUAUUAUCUGCGGCUGCCGUUUUAAACUGAAAUCAACGUUUUGACGGGCAAAAUUGAAAUGCUUUAAAUUAAUAAAAACUGGAAGGAGGAAAUCUCAACCUGUUGAUAUAUCUUGUUAGGGAUCGCUAUUAAAUGCUCCCAAUAACUCAGUGAAAUGAGUGGGUUCAUUAGUUGGUUUUUGAACAGGAAAUUCCCAGGAACCUCCAGAAAUGUAGAUAUUAAAAAAAAAAUUUUUUUAAAGAAAUCUUGUUAUUACUACAGUGUUAACAAAUUCAUAUUAGCCAGGCACCAGUAACCGCGUAUGAUUCAAGGAAAGUUUUACUUUUUAAAAAAUGUGUUUCCCACUUAAAGAUUACGUAAUGUCACUAUGUGAAACAAAGGUUUAAAAAGUCUGAAAAUGCCUUUAAAAUAUUGGCAAAAAGAAGAAACUUGAUAUACAUACAAUCAGAAAAGAUAUAUUUUCCAUUAUUCCUAUGGCCUUUCCUGAUGUGGUGCUUGACCAUAGAAUGAAAUGGCUUAUAUUGUCCCAAAUUUCUAUAUGCAUUUUUUGGCUAGAUCUCAGCCCUGCCUAAUAUUGGCAGCUUCAUCAGUCUUCUGGUAUCAAAAAAAGAAUGGACACCUUUUACAGCAUUUGAGAUAUGCCACUGAUACUUCUUUAGGAGAAGAGAAUAAAGUCACUGUGGAAAAUCUGUCCAAAUUAUCAGUGGAUAUAAAGAAAAUCCGCAGGCUGAAGCCAUGGGUUCUGUCAAAAGAGGUGUCAUAUAUCAAAGAAAUAGCUAAUAUUUUGCAAACAGUUGGCGCUGAUGGACCUUCAGUAGCACAUAUGUUUGAAUGCUGUCCUGAAGCCAUUCUUUGUAGUCCUACCAAUGUCACUUGCCAAAGAGAUCUGUGGUUGUCUGUCUGUCAAAAUGAAAAGCAGUUAGUGGAUUUAAUAAAACGAUUUCCAGAUGCUUUUUUUAAUGUUGAACAUUAUGAAAAUCAGAAGGCCAACAUUAGAUUCUUCAAAGCACUGGGGCUGAAGAAUGCUAUCAUCCGCCGGUUUUUAACAAGUGCAUCAAAUGUUUUUUACAACCCUGUUGAAAAGAAUGAGCAUAUGAUAGAAACUCUGCAAAGAAACUAUUUAAAACUAGGUGGUUCACAGGAAAAUUUUAAAAACUGGCUACUGAAAUUAUUGAGUCAAAAUCCAUUUAUUUUAUUAAAGACUUCUACUACUGUCCAAGAAAACCUGGAGUUUCUUCAGAACAAUCAAUUCAUCGAUUCCGAAGUUUUAAGCCUGUUGUCCAAGCUCAAAGGAUUUAUUUUUCAACUUAAUCCUAGCAAUAUGCAGAGUAGCCUCUUGUUUUCAAAGACCAUCUUCAACUGCAGUGAUCAAGAAUUAAAAGAGCUAAUAUUACAGUGUCCUGCCCUUCUCUAUUAUUCAUCUCCAGUUCUAAAGGAAAGGCUAGAUGAACUAUUGAAGGAGGGAAUUUCUCUAGAACAAAUUAAAGAGUCACCCGCUGUGUUAGAAUUAUCAACAGAGAUAAUUCAGUAUCGGAUUAAAAAAUUAGAUGCCCUAGGAUACAGUCUGAAGAAUGGAACUAUAAAAUAUCUCAAUGGAACAAAAAAAGAUUUUGAAACUACAUAUGGAAAGAUACAAGCAAAAAGUGAGAGACCCAUAUAUAAUCCAGUGGCUCCUUUGAAUAUUGAAGAUUAGUUUCCGGAACCUGCUUAAUAAAAAGACAGGAUCAGUUUGUCUUUCACAAUUCAAAUAAACUGGAUGUAAUUGCUACUUAGAAAUUGAAUUUUUUUGCAGACCUUUUUUUUCCUAAAUCAGUGUUUCUAAACAUGCGAUUUCGUCAUGGAAUUCAUAGGAUCAGACUGAAAGGCUGUCUGAUCCAAUGUAUUGUUCCUACAGUAGUCAAAUUACAUUUGUAUAUGAAACCUACAAGCUAGACACUAAUCCAAUGCCGUUUCCCCUAAAAUAAGACCUCCCCAGAUAAUAAGCCCAGUCGGGCUUUUGAGCACAUGUGCUAAAAUAAGGCCCCUCAUAUUAGAUCUCAUAUGCAGCUGGUCCCCGCCAUUUCCUCUGGUUAGGGAGACAAAGCUGGAAAUCAGGUAAGACAGCAAGAAGCAACCCCCCCUUGCUCUAUGUGCUCCAAAAUAAUAAGACCUCCCCGAAAAUAAGGCCAAGUGCUUAUUUCGGGGUUCAAAAAGAAAUAAGAUAGGGUCUUUUUUAGGAGGAAACACGGUAGCAUCCACUACUCAUGUCUUCUAGGAACUAAUAUUAAAAGGUAUUUUUCUGAUAUGGAAGUAAUACAUAGCAAUUACGCCUAGAAACUAGGUAAUUCUAUAUUCCAUAGAUUCAGUUUCUCUUCAAAACAAAUUUAAGACAUGUGAGAUAGGAUUCUGAAGUUUCAAGUUGCAUGAAAUAAUAUGUUUAUUUGCAUCUAAAGGUCUUUCACUUAGGAGUUAGGAAAUUAAAUAUUUUCUUUCUCUAUUUCUUGCAUAUCUUGUGUAGAUGUAGGCUUUUAAAAUCAUUUUAGAGGUGUUUUUUUAAAUCUCAACAUUUUAACUUUUCAUAAAACCUAUUUAUUAAAUUUCUGUGCCACUCAUCUCCCUUUCAAGGUGACUCGGUGAUUCACAUCCUUCAAUAAUUACAAUUGUCCUUUUUUGCCUCUUUUAAGACGUAAGCACCAGAAUAGGAAAUAGUACUCCAAUAUAGUUUGUAUAAGAGUAUUAUAGGUUGUCAACAGAAUAUAUACAUUAUUUAGGAAAGGGAAUGAAGUUUAAACUUCUGCCCUGAUAGACAAGAUGCACCCAACAUUGGUUUUAAGUUAUAAUAUGCUUUCUUCGUGUAAUAUUUAAAAUAAAAUUUAAACAUAUUGAGAAUAUAUUCAAUAUAUUCAGUUAAUUUAAUAAAUUAGUAGGUAAAAUUAUGCAUAAUUGAGUGAUAUGUAAUUCCUGCUAAUUAGAAAUACAUACUUGACUAUUAUGUGCCAUCAAGUCAGUGUCAAGUCUUAGUAACCACAUAAACUUUUUCUUUCUCUGAUCUCGAGUAUAUGCAUGAUCUAUUUUAGCAGUAUACUCUGUGGAAUUUAAAAUUAUUUGGAGUCAUUAACCUAGUACCAUGUUUCCCCAAAAAUAAGACUAUGUCUUAUAUUUUUUUUGAACCCUGAAAUAAAUGCUUGGCCUUAUUGCCAUGUGCUCAAAAGCUAGAUUGGGCUUAUUAUCGGGAUGUCUUAUUUUGGGAGAAACGGUACAUAUGCAUUCAAUGAUUUUAGGACUGAAGACACAAGGAACAGAAUGCCACAUCUCACAACUACAUAGAAGCCUGGCUUUGAAUUUGCAUGUAACACAUACUAUGUCUAUUUAACUUGCUAUUUUUCUUCCUAAAUAUCAAGCGUGACAACUUUUAGUAUUUAGAACUGCAUGAAAAUUCAUGCAUUUAAAAAGAAACCCAUAUAUAGCAAUGGGAUGAGGCCCUGGAGUUUAGUAUUCCUUAUUUCCUAGGUUCUACUGAAUUGUCCCCAAAUAGUUUCUUCAGCUCAUUGCUGAAUAAUAUGCAAUCAAGAAUCAAUACAAAAAAAGUAUAUUUCAUUAUGUCCAUCAGUGAAAAUACAUUUUGUGGGAUCAAUGGGUGUGUUUGGAAUGCAUCUCACAAAAUAGUUGGCCUGGGAAUGUUACAAGGCACCCAUUUAUCAGAAAGCACAAUGAGAUUUGCUUCAAUGAAAAAUAGUUUUCCAAAUAUGUUUGAAAUGAACAGGAGGGAUAAGGAAUCUGAUGAAUACUAACAGAGGUGCCUGCUGGGACAUAUUGACAUUGCCAGCUUAUGAUACUAGAUCUCUCUACUCUUUAUUCUAAGCAUACGAAUAUAAUGUAUAAGGUACAUUGUACCUCAAGAUCUCAUUUAUCAUUAAAUAUCAACAUCAAAGAUACUAAAUGCCGGU